AUGUAGUGUAAUUUAUCUAAAAUUGAGAAUCAAUUCAAGAGUUACAAAAUUAUUGUUUAAAAUGACCCGGGGCAUGAGGAUGUUAAGCGAGGGAUUGUCAAGGAUGCAAAAUGGGCAGAAAACUAUUCUUAAACCUUCUAGAAAACCAGUGCAGUCACCACAAAUCUCUGGUCGAAACACGAGUCCCAUCAGCUUGAAGUACAAGGUAAAACCGAUGACCCAGCCAGACUAUACAGCAAUGUUCCAGCGGGAUUAUAAAACGGAGAAGCGACAUACCGAUCGGCAGACUUUGGCCGAUAUAGUCAUCAUGCAGGCUCGACGCAUCGAAAGGCUGAGGCGUGAAAUGCAUCUAAUAAAAGCCCACUAUGAGCGCCAGGUGUCUACUAUCAAGAACAAUGCCAUUAUGCUGGAGUCUCAUCUGGCAAAGGUGCUGUCCAAUGUCAACAGGGAUCGUGCCAAGCGAAUCACUCAUCAUUACCAGGAUAUGUUCGGUGCCGUGGAAAAGUUGCAGAAGAGCGGAACUCAAUUUAAGCCCAAAUCCGUGCCCAACCAGAUGCUAAACAAGUUUUCGGACUCCAAAGCCAUUUCGCUCUCGCCCAGGAAAACUAAAGAAAAUAUGCGUAUCAGCAGAAAAAUGUGAAUCGGAUUCCUGCUUGUACUUCAUAUUUUCAUUAGAUUAUCUGGUUUCUUAGGACUUAGAUCGUCAUCUAGGAAUUUAUAUAUUCAUACCAAUAAAGUGGCUUUUUGAAAUACAAAA